GACCGCUUACCUGGUACGUAUUUCAGCACAUCUAACCUACUUUCGGUUUUGUGCAAAGUCAUGGUUUCAUUUGAGAAUAAGAAACAAUUGAGAAAUUAGCUGAGGGCUUGCUUCAACCCUUUGCUGUGAAAAUGGCGGCAUCCUUGGAAGGUAUAUUAGAGGGUCUCCUGGUACCAGACAACAACGUUAUUCAAGAGAAUACUAGCAAGCUGAAAGAAGCUUUCAAGGACCCUUAUACUCUCCCAGCAUUGUGUCAUAUCCUUGGUACAUCACAAAAUUCACAGAUUCGUCAGUUGGCUGCCGUUCUGAUUCGUCGAAAAAUUCAAAAGAGUAAACAAUGGAGUGCGCUGACAGAUGAAGUGCGGCAAGGGAUUCGAGACAAUAUCUUGCAGUUACUUCUAUGUGAACCUGAUCAUGGGGUAAGGACAUCUAUUGCAUCAGUGGUGGCCACAGCUGCCAAGCAUGACCUACCCAACAAUGCCUGGCCCCAGCUGUUUGAAUUUUUGCUGACCUAUGCCAGAAGUCAAGACCCAGCACAGCAAGAGGUGGGCAUGUUUGUUCUGUUCACUGUUGCCCAAACAGCAACAGACCAACUGAAGCCCCACCUUGAGAGCAUACUGCAGCUACUUGUGGAGCGACUUGCAGAUGUUCAGAAUCAUAUGGUACCAUAUUAUGCAAUCAGGACAAUGUCAGAGCUAGUUUUCUUUUCUGGAGAUGCAGAAGGGAAAAUACUUCAAGCUGCAAUACCACAGGUGCUAUCAUUUAUCCAACAGUUGAUAACUGUUGACGAAGAAAAGGCUUGUGAAGCAUUGGAACUCUUUGAUGAACUGUUGGAGACAGAAGUUGCCAUAAUUGUUCCUCACCUUAAACCCUUUGUUCACCUUUGCCUGCAGGUGGCCACGCAGGGUGACCAUACAGAUGAGCUCAGAGUGAAAGCACUUUCAUUCAUUGCAUCUGUUACUCGUCUUAAGAAAAAGUCUGUACAGAAGCAUCAUUUGGUGGAGCCUAUACUCAAAGUUCUUAUCCCUAUAAUGUGUUCUGAAGAAGAGGAAGAUGAUAAAGAACCUGAUCCAGAUGCUGAAGCCAGCACUCCACCUCAGUAUGCUCUUCAGGUGCUAGACACACUUGCACUUCAUCUACCACCAGAAAAAUUUAUUUCCAAACUGAUGCCAAUGGUGGAGAAAUGCCUUGCAAGUGACAAUCCAUCCAAUCGUCGAGCUGGUUACUUGGCUAUGGCAGUGAUUGUAGAGGGGUGUGCAGAUUAUAUUAUGUACAAGAUGAUGGAGGCGGUACUGCAGAGUGUGUGUCGAGGUCUAGAUGACCCAGUGCCAAUGGUCCGGAAUGCUGCUCUCUUUGCUCUCGGGCAGUUUUCAGAACAUUUACAGCCCAGUAUCAGCAAAUAUGCCGAGCAGUUGCUGCCACUGCUGUUUCAGUAUUUAGGAAAAGCUACUCAGGAAGCUGACAAAAACCCACGUGGACUCACAAAGAGUUACUAUGCCCUUGAAAUGUUUAUUGAAAACUUGAAUCAGGAAAUCCUGCCGUAUCUUCCUGAUCUGAUGCAGCAUUUGUUAUCAGUAUUGAAAACCUCUUCAGCUUUCCGUCCUCGUGAGCUGGCCAUCAGCGCCAUUGGUGCUGCUGCUAUUGCAGCAAAAGAGGGCAUGCAGCCUUAUUUCCAAGAGAUCAUUGGACAGUUUCGAGGAUAUCUACUGGCUGGCACUGAUGAAGACACAAAAAAGCUUCAGGUGUCUGCCAUUGAUACCUUGGGAGUAUUGGCACGAAAUGUGGGCCCAGAGACAUUCAUGCCACUUGCAAAAGAAUGUGUUGAGUUGGGACUGGGAUUGCUGGAGGGUGCCGAUGAUCCUGAUCUUCGAAGAUGUGUGUAUGGGUUGAUUGCAGCUUUGUCUGGACUAGUGAAGCAAGAUCUUAAACCUUACCUGGAGAAAAUAGUCCACUACUUGUUACUUUCGCUAAAGUCAACAGAGGGCGUCACGGCCCACUAUAAAGAGGACACAGAGCAAGUGGCCAUAUUUAAUGAGGAAACUCUCAAUGAUGAGGAAGCUAUUGAUGAUAGUGAUGAAGAGGAUGACAGUGAAGCAAUGAAACUGGAGGGAAUCAGUGUGGAGAACGCAUACCUGGAAGAGAAAGAAGAUGCUUGCUGUGCUCUAGGGGAACUUGCACAACAUACAAGCUUUGCCUUUUUGCCAUACCUGGAUACCGUCUACAAGGAAGUGUUGGAGAUGGUUGACUAUCCUGCUGCAGGCAUAAAAAAGGCAUCUGCGGUAACUCUUGCUCACCUUUGUUUUUGUGUCCAGGAAACUUGUUCCACCAUGCCUUCUGAGAAUGCUGAAACAUUCUUGAAGACUAUGCUGUGCACCGUGGUACCCAGAUACUUGGAGAUGGCUCGAAGGGAACAGGACCGGACUGUUGCUAUGGCAGCAGUAGAUUCGCUUCAUGAACUGCUGGAGCAACUGGGAACUCCUGUGCUGCAGGUGACUGGAGCAACAGAUGAUAUUCUCGCUACAAUGAAAGAAAUCUUUACUCACAAGGUGGCAUCCCAAGAUGAUGAGGAGGAAGAGGAUGAGCAGCAAGCGGAGUAUGAUGGAAUGCUAAUUGAAUCUGCAGGUGAUGUUCUGCCAGUGAUGGCACGCCUGAUGGGAGGUGCAGCAUUCUCCCCCUUUUUCAAGUCGUUCAUCUCUGAUCUCCUGAAACGUCUGAAACAGACCAGUUCAACUGCAGAAAGGUCAUUUGCAGUCGGCACUUUGGCAGAAGUGAUUGAGUCCAUUGGAGAUGUCGCUUCAGAAUUUGCGGACACACUGCAUCCUGUCUUUGUUCACUUGAUUCGAGAUGAGGAUGACGAGGUUCGCAGCAAUGCUGUUUUUGCUCUGGGAAUGCUGGCUGCCAGUGGUGGUGAGAAGAUGCAUGUGCGUUACCCUGAAAUUCUGAAAUUACUGCUAGAACUGCUGAACAGAGAAGAAAAUGGCCGUGUCAGGGAUAAUAUUUGUGCUGCUAUCUGUCGUAUGGUGUGGACUAAGAGCAGUAAUAUUCCUCUAGAUUAUGUGAUUCCUGUUGUGAUAAGCUGCCUUCCCCUAAAAGAGGACUUUGAGGAGAACACAACCAUUUUCACCUGUCUGUUGCAGUUGUACGCAAGCAAUAAUCCACAGGUAAUCAGCCAUAUUCCAUCCCUGUUGAAAGUAAUUACACAGAUUCUGGGGACAAGUCAGGCCAAGACAGACAUUCAGAAACUCCUUGUGCAGUUUGUACAGAAUGUGAAAGAAACGUACGCUGCAGAUUAUAAUAAGGCCAGGGCCAUGUUAUCAGAAGAGGAGGCAGGAAAGCUAGACCACUGUUUGACAAUAGACUUGGGUAAACUGAGUCCUAUUGAUUGCCAGAACACCUGCUGAUACCUUCCACAAUGGCAGAUAUUUUAGACCAUCGCAGUUGCUUAUUGCAAGUUUUGUCAUCUUCUCUACAGAUAUAGUAAAUGACUGUUCUGCUUUUUUUUUUUUUUUUUUCCAAAAAAAUGUUGCAGAGAUUAUUUUUAAUUUACACAAUUGUCAGCAGUUCAGUUUUGCUUCCAGUCAUCUCAAAGUUUAACAGUGUUUUUGUGGAAUUGAUGUCUGAAUACUAUUGCUUAUGAUAUUUGAAUGAAGAGCAGCUUACACUUGUGCUGUGCUCAAAACAGUUUUAAACUUUAGUUAAGGCUUAAUUGCUGUUUGCAUGUGUGCAUGUUUAUUGGAGUGUAUGAGCAUAAAAGAGGAGAUUUUUGGUUGUGUUCUAGAGGAGGAGAUUUGUACAUCAUUGAGGCUUUCUGUACAAUCAGUAAACUAGGAAUUGUCCAUUUGUAAAUUAAUGAAUGCACAAAAAUCUUUUCUUGGCAAUUAGAUGUUUGAUUUGCAUCCAAUGUCUGCAUGUAAAAAAAAUAAACUGAACAAAAAUAUGCACUUUUUUUCUUUAUCAGCUUUUAAAAAAUGUUUCUUUUAAAUUUUUUUCCUGGAAUCUCUUUGGCUAAUGUUGCACGACAUUUUUUUUGUGUUUUGUGACAAAUCUGUCCAACAGUAAUACUUUAGAAAACCUAUUGAGCCUUCUCAUUAAAGGCAUUGAUUUGUUUUUCCACUAGAUUUCCACAUCUUUUAAGCUUGCCCAACAUAAAACUCAGUGAAUGAUCUUGACCGUAACUGAUUAUUGAAUGGAAAGUACAGACCUUGACAAAAAGAAACUGUGCGGAGAGCAACUUUAAGGAUGCAGGUAAAAGAAUUAAUAACAUGAUAUAACCAUUGAACCUAUAAUUCAGAAAGUACCGUUUGCUCUUUUACAGAACAAAUUAUUUGUUGGUGCUUCAUGAUGGCAAGAAAUAAAGUAACUGUUUCUUGUGUCACAUGGUCUUGUGCAAAUAUGAUCCUGUUUUUUCUCAACAAGUGCCAGUUUUUUAUUUAUUAUUUUGCGAGAAGGUAAUGAUAGUCCCAUAAUCGUUUGGUCGUUGGUGAUUAGAGAUAGCAGUUACUUUAAGGUCAGCUUUAGGUGAGUGUGGUGACUAUCUGUUCCCCCUCACUGCCUUUCCUUACCCAGCCCUCUAAGGAGUCAGGUCCACACAGGUAUCAAACCAACUGGUGUUCAUGUCUCUGACCCUGAAAGCCAGUCCUUCAACCACUUGGCUGUCUGCUUCUAUGAAAACUUUUGUUUUUGUUAUUUCAUCCCUUGUGUUAUGUUAAGCUUGACAUUUUUGUUGCUUGAGCAAUUUGAGUGAUGAGGAGUACUGGACUGGGUUGCGUCAGUUGCUGCACAAUCCAUUUGAAGUCCUACUUGUAGAAAGAAGCUCUUGCUGGUAAUGCUAACACUUGUUUACUGCUGCCUUCAGUUCUGUGCACCCAACAAUGCAAUAACCACCGAUUCAUCUAGUCAACACUUAUAUCCUUCAUUUUAAUCCAAGUCUGUAUGGCACACAUUGAGCUAAAGACUGCUUUAACUCACGUGCUCUUCAUAAACCCUUGCUUUUAUGUUCAUUUUGACUUAAUUAAAAACAUGAGGAAUUUGAUAGGUGGUUGACCCAAAGGAUAGGCAUGGAAAGUGAAAGAUGUGGACAAGUGUCAGUAGAGAAAAAUCAUAAAUCAGAAAUGCUUAAUUUUUUUUUUCUCUUUUAAAAAUGCUCACAUAAUGCUUUGCUUAUGCAGUAAUGUAUAGCUACAAUCUGGCCAAUAUUUCCAUCCCAGUGACUUGAUAAGGUAAAGAAUGUAUUAAGAACUAUGGGUACAUUUUCAUUCAUAAUUAUUUUUUGUGAUGUUGAUAUCAAUACAGAAAUCAUGUGUAGUUUUGGUUGUGACAAAAUGUGUUAAGACGUACAAGUCUGUGUUCUACAGAUUCCUGGCAAUGAAAAUGUCCUCACUAUGGAAAACAGAAUGGUACUUUAAUCUUCUGCCACCUCACUUCUGGUGGUGUCGCAUGAAAAGGUUUUCUGAUAUCUGAAGUUUUGCAGUUAAGCAAAUCACUUUGUCCACAUCUCUUGAAGCUGUGUAUAUGUCCACGCUGCUUGUUUUCUAUCAAGGUGCAAACUUUUUAUCUUGUGCAAUUUUCUUGUCUUCUGUGAUAGAGAGCCAAGUGCCUGUAAACUAUUUGCUCAUGCUUGAAAAUAUUGCUAUAUUUAUCUACAAUAUUUAGCCACCUUUUCAUAAUACUACAGAGAGUCUGCUUUAUUCUUCUGUAUUCUAGGCCUUUUGAAUCUGUAAAUUGGCAUUAUAAAAUGCAACAAAAAUUCUUUAAAAAUCUUGGGUAAUCUGUUAAAGAACAUUACCAGAAAGUAUCCAACUGUUCUGAAGGGUGUCAUUCCCAAAUGAGAUUCCCGUAGCAUGCAGCUUCCUGAGCAAUAGAACCAUAAAAAGUCUUGUGCCAUAAUUUUCAGAAUUUUGUUGCUACAGUUGAAUGUUGACUCAUGUCUAGCAAGAUGAAUUUAUAAAUUGAAAUUUAUGAUAGAUUUUAUGGCAAAUUCAUGCUUCUGCCAAGGGACUUUACUGUCUUAUUGUCUUUACUGCCUUAUUGUCUUUACUGCCUGGAAAUAGCUUUCCUUUUUUUUUACCUCUAUGGUAUUUUUAUUAUUUCUUUAAGAUUCAUUCAACCUGGUCUUUUUACAAAUUAUCAAUAGGAAUAGUUCAAAUUGUGUUUUUUUUAAAUGACCUAGUAUACAAUGUCAAAGUAGAAAAUAAGUGGAUUUUCUUAACAGACAAGAUAGAAAUAUGAUAAAUAGAAAAGGAAAGAUAAUGGCUACUUGUAUGCAUUGAAUAUGCACAUUACUACAGGUUAAAAAAAAACCAUUUGCACUACUAGAGCUGAAUUUUAGCUUGUGCUAAGUUUUGGGUGCUGAAUUUGUGCUUCCUGUAGUUUCAUUUAAUGUUUCAAACUGCUUCACCUAUGAUUCAGCUGUUCUUUAGCCUUCUUAAUUUCACUGGUUUAUGCACAAUUCCUCAAAAUUUAUGGUCAAAAAGCCACUUAAUGUUCAUGUUGGUUGCAGUUGAAACAAAAUUUGCUGGUUCAGAGUUAAUGCAAAAUGUUCUGUUUUACUGCUGCAGUGCUUUUGGUAUAUUAAAACAUCUCCACCAUCUG